AACAUGAAGUAUAUACUACUUCCCGCUUCAUAAACAACGUGGUUGGUUCUUUAAAUUGGCCGCCAUCCAUAUUUUGCCAUAAACUGUCAAGAUUGUAUUCAGAAUAAUAGCAGUGGUUGUAAAAAUGGUUCACAAAAUGCUGAAGUUUUACAAAAAGCCGGGUUUAAGCUCCAUGCACCUAGAGAGGACAGUAGAAAAAGUUAAAAAAGUAACUGCUGCAAUCGAUGUUAACAUUGACACAGAAGCCUGUUUUUACAUAGAGAUCGAGAACGAUGUGGUUCAGGAACAUGAAAUGAACCGAUUGAGAUGGAUUAUAGCGGAAAGUUUCCAUGAAAAUUCCUUAUCAUCAGAACCAUGGAUUUCGUGCAGUGAAAAUGACGCGACAGUAUGUGUGUUCGAGAUAGGCCCAAGAUUGAACUUUUCGACUGCUUUCUCGACAAAUGCUGUCUCUAUUUGCCGGUCAGUCGGACUUAAGUCAGUGAAAAGAGUAGAAUUCUCAAUAAGAUAUUUGAUGAAGCUAAAAGGAGACAGCGGGGAAUUUUUGCCUGUUAAUGAGACACUUAAGCAGAAACUUAUCGACGGUCUUCACGAUAAAAUGACUGAAUGUGAGUAUCAACUUCCGCUGAAAAACUUUGACGUCGAAGUUCAGAAAGGAGAGUGUUACGAGAUCGAUGUUUUACAAGAAGGUUCACAGGCUUUGGAAAAAGCAAACUCAGCUCUGGGAUUGUCUUUUGAUUCCAUGGAUAUUGGUCAUUAUACCAAACUUUUUGCUGAAAUUUUGAAAAGGAACCCAACAAAUGUAGAAUGCUUUGAUUUAGCACAGUCAAAUAGUGAACACAGUAGACACUGGUUUUUCAAAGGAGAAAUGAUAAUUGAUUCUGUUUCCAUGCCAGAUACCCUAAUGAAUAUGGUCAUAAAUACUCAAAAGAGCUCAAAUGCAAAUAAUCUCAUCAAGUUUUCAGACAACAGCAGUGCAAUUGAAGGUUAUGAAGUGAGAGCACUCAGAGCAACUAACUCAUCAGAAGCAAGUCCAUUUGUUGUGGACGCAAAAAGGAAAAGACACUUUACAUUGACAGCUGAGACACACAAUUUCCCAACAGGUGUUGCGCCCUUUCCUGGUGCAACUACUGGAACAGGUGGUCGAAUAAGAGACAAUCAUGCAACUGGAAGGGGAGCACAUGUAGUUGCAGGCAGUGCAGGAUACUGUUUCGGGAAUCUUAAUAUACCAGGGUAUCAUCUUCCCUGGGAGGACGCAGACUUCGAAUACCCAGGGAACUUUGCGCCACCACUUCAAAUUGCUAUCGAGGCAAGUAACGGAGCUUCAGACUAUGGGAACAAAUUUGGUGAGCCAGUUAUUCUCGGUUUCGCCCGGUCGUUUGGUCUGAAGCUUCCAAACAACGAGAGACGAGAGUGGAUUAAGCCGAUCAUGUUCAGUGGAGGAAUCGGGAGCAUUGAGGAUGAACACCUUAAGAAAGAAGAACCAUCAAAAGGAAUGGAAGUUGUAAAAAUUGGCGGACCUGUAUAUCGCAUUGGAGUUGGCGGUGGAGCUGCAUCUUCUGUUAAGGUGCAAGGCGACAACGCAGCGGAACUGGACUUUGGCGCUGUGCAAAGAGGUGAUGCUGAGAUGGAGCAGAAAUUGAAUCGAGUCAUUCGCGCCUGCGUGGAGAUGGUAGAUGAAAAUCCUAUUUGUAGCAUUCAUGAUCAGGGUGCUGGUGGAAACGGAAACGUGCUCAAAGAAAUCGCAUACCCAGCCGGUGCUGUCAUACGAAGCAAAGAUUUCACUUUAGGAGACCCGACUAUCUCUACAUUGGAGCUCUGGGGUGCGGAGUACCAAGAGAGUGACGCCGUUCUUAUAAAGAAACAAGAUGUUCAGUUGUUAAAGAAAAUUGCAGAAAGAGAGAAAGUUGGAGUCUCCUUCGUUGGGACUAUCACAGGGGAUGGUCGAAUCAUAUUGGAUGAUUCCAAACCUGCAGAACAGAAUGGCUCUAAGUUUGGGGACGAGAUCUCGAAUGGUCAUGAAGAGCCAGCCUCCAAGAGACUGAAACAGGGGUAUCCAGUCGAUCUUCCUUUAGACGUUUUGUUUGAUUCGUUUCCUCGAAAGAAAUUUCAAUUGGCCAGAAGCGAAUCCCCCUUGUCAAAGCUUCAACUUCCACAAAACCUGACAGUCACUGAAGCUCUUGAUAGAGUCCUCCGGCUCCCAAGCGUUGCAAGUAAGCGGUAUCUGACCAACAAGGUGGACCGUUGUGUUACCGGCCUAAUUGCUCAACAGCAAUGUGUUGGUCCGCUGCAUACUCCCGUUGCAGACGUUGCGGUCACCGCUUUAUCUAUGUUUGAUACCGUAGGUGCCGCCACUGCCAUUGGCGAGCAACCAAUCAAAGGCCUCAUCGACCCAGGCUGUGGCGCUAGGAUGACUAUUGGCGAAGCUUUGACAAACCUCGUUUUCGCUCAAAUUUCUGAUAUUAAGGACAUCAAAUGCAGUGGCAAUUGGAUGUGGGCUGCAAAACUUCAUGGUGAAGGAGCCAGGCUCUAUGAUACUUGCAAAGCGAUGUGCGAAACAAUGUCAGAACUUGGAAUUGCUGUCGAUGGCGGGAAGGACUCGUUGAGUAUGGCUGCUAGAGUGGGAGAUGAGGUUGUUAAAUGCCCGGGGGAGCUCGUGCUGUCACUUUACGUGCCAUGUCCUGAUAUAACAAAAACAGUUACACCGGAUUUGAAGUCAGAUGACGAGGCAAGUGUGCUAAUACAUGUAAAACUUAGCAAGGGUUCAAACCGCCUCGGUGGAAGUGCAUUGGCACAGGUUUAUGGACAGAUUGGCAAUGAGUCUCCUGACAUGGACGAUGUGCAGAUGUUCAAAGAUGGUUUCUUGGUCACUCAGAGGCUGAUUCAAGAUGGUAAAAUUCGUUCUGGACACGAUAUCAGUGAUGGAGGUCUGAUCACGUGUCUCUUAGAAAUGGCGUUCAGUGGCAAUCGAGGCAUCAACAUUGAGCUGGCAGUCGAUGAUAUUCCAGAAAAAGCACUGCAAGUACUUUUUGCCGAAGAAUUAGGCAUCGUUUUAGAGGUCUUAAGAUCAAGCGCCUCCACAGUGAUUAAUUCGUUCAGCGAGCAUGGUGUAUUGGCUACGGUGGUUGGUCAUCCCACUGGCAACGGGCCGUCGUCAAUGGUCAAAGUUUCAGUCAAUGGUGAUGUUUUAGUGAAUGAGAAAAUGACGUCAUUACGUGAUGUUUGGGAGGCGACAAGUGUUCAGUUGGAGCGACUUCAAGCAAACGCGAGUUGUGUUGAAGAAGAAGAAACCGGUUUAGCAGCAAGGAUAGCUCCACAAUAUCAGUUAAGUUUUGAGCCAAGAGAAGCAAUGAUAAUUGACGAAGAAAGAGUUGCCAAGAAUGGGAGGCCUAAGGUUGCUGUUAUACGGGAAGAAGGAAGUAAUGGGGACAGAGAAAUGGCGUCGAGUUUAUUAAUGGCCGGAUUUGAAGUCUGGGAUGUCACUAUGCAUGAUAUCUGUGAAGAGAAUGUCAAGCUAGAUGACUUCCGUGGGGUUGUUUUUGUUGGUGGUUUUAGCUAUGCUGAUGCUUUAGGGUCUGCAAAGGGAUGGGCAGCCGUCACACUCUUCAAUGAGGUCGCCCGUAGGGAACUGGAGAACUUCAGAGCCAGGGAUGACACGUUUAGUCUUGGUGUUUGCAACGGAUGCCAAUUAAUGGCACUGAUUGGAUGGGUCGGUAGUGACCAGAAAGUUGGCAGCAAAGAGCAAAGUGUUUGUUUAACGCAUAACGAUUCUGGGCGCUUUGAAUGCCGAUUUAGUACGGUCAGAAUCGAGAAAAGCCCGUCUAUAAUGCUGAAGAACAUGGAAGGGUCGACACUUGGAAUAUGGGUGGCUCACGGCGAAGGGAAAGUGGAAUUCAGAACUGACGCAGCGAAGGCGAAUGUGAUCGGUGCAAGCCUCGCUCCGUUACGGUAUGUUGAUGACGAGGGGUCUUUUACUACAAGAUAUCCCUUCAACCCCAACGGCUCACCGGAUGGCAUUGCUGCGAUUUGCUCGGCGGAUGGCAGGCAUUUGGCAAUGAUGCCGCAUCCCGAGCGAUGCUCAGUGCUAUGGCAAUGGCCUUGGAUGCCGGAGGCAUGGCGAGGAAGGAAGACGUCCCCAUGGCUACAAAUGUUCCAUAACGCAUAUGACUGGUGUAUUGAUGUCCAGGCCACUGUUUCGUAAUUAGUCUGAUGUAUUCAGGAAUGUCUUGAAUUGCAAGAGGGCCAGAACUGAGGCACCAACAUUGACUUAUCGAAUUCAAAUCUUUAAUUUUUUCCUUCGGUAGAAAACAGAAACUUGAAUUCAUUUUCAAGCAUUUAAUUAUAUAAAAUUUGUUUUCAUCUAUAGUUUUAAGUGCUAUUUACAAUUUAUAGUUUUAUAUUGAGUAUGCUAAUUUUUUUUUGGUCAAGACGUUUUUUUAAAAAAUUGCCGGUGGCUGCUUGACCAAGGCGUUUGUUGGUAUCUUCUCCUAAAGAACAAUGUAUAACAUUACCAACUUGAAUGGAACGAUUCAUAAUUUAUACGAAUAAUAGCUUUUCUGUGAAAA